AUGUCGUCGAGGAGGAGAGAAUCAAGCCGUCGUAGUUCUGGGACCUAUGCUUUCUGGUUCUGGGAUGUCGUCGAAGAGGAGAAUCGAGAAAUGGGUGGUGCUAUCGUGGGGGUCGCGAGAAUCGCGACGACUGUGAUGUUCUGGCCACGAACACUACUUCAUGCUGAUUUAGUGGAGUACCUAUACUACUGGUGUCACAGAGCACUUCACCAUCAUUACCUCUACUCUCGCUACCAUUCUCAUCACCAUUCCUCAAUCGUUACGGAGCCUAUUACUUCUGUGAUUCACCCAUUUGCGGAGCACAUAGUAUAUUCCUUGCUCUUCUCAAUACCAAUGCUGGCAACUGUCUUCAUGGGAACAGUUUCUGUCAUAUCCUUUGCUGGCUAUAUUACUUAUAUUGACUUCAUGAAUAACAUGGGACAUUGCAAUUUUGAGCUCAUCCCAAAUUGCCUCUUCUCGCUCUUUCCUCCUCUCAAGUAUCUUAUGUAUACCCCUUCGUUCCACUCUUUGCACCACACACAAUUCCAAAUCAAUUACUCUCUCUUCAUGCCAUUCUACGACUACAUAUAUGGCACCAUGGACAAAUCUACUGAUUCACUCUAUGAAACUUCACUCAAGAGAGAGGUGGAAUCGCCAGAUGUCCUUCAUCUAACCCAUCUAACAACACCCGAGUCCAUCUAUCAUCUACCGCUAGGAUUUGCUUCCUUGUCCUCUAUGCCAGACACAUCAAAAUGGUACCUGUGGUUGAUGUGGCCUGUGACAUUCUGGUACAUGGUGUUAAUUCGGAUCUGUGGUCGUACAUUUGUGAUUGAGAGGCAGCGCUUUAACAAGCUCAGAUUACAAACUUGGGUUAUACCCAUAUACACUUUGCAAUACUACUUGCGAUUCCAGAAAGGAGCUAUCAAUAGCUUGAUUGAGGAAGCCAUUGUUCAAGCUGAGAGAAAGGGUGUCAAAUUUAUAAGUCUCGGCCUCUUGAAUCAGGGUGAGGAGCUGAAUAGAUAUGGUGGUCUUUAUGUUGACAGGCAUCCUCAUCUCAAAAUCAAGGUUGUGGAUGGAAGUAGCUUAGCUGUUGCUGUAAUCCUAAACAGCAUUCCAAAACGGACAACCCAAGUUGUUCUUAGAGGCAACCUCACAAAGGUUGCUUAUGCCAUUGCCUAUGCUUUGAGCCAGAAGGGUAUCCAGGUGGCUACAUUACACCAAGAUGAGUAUAUAAAGCUCACUAAAUCGUUGAGUGCCAUUGAAAGUAGUUUGGUUGCAGAAAGUCAUGCACACAAGAAUCCAUUUCCUUCUAACUUCAAGAUGCCCGCAUUCCCAACAUUCACGGGUGAAGACAACAGUGUGUUCUCCAGAGAUCAUAUUUUCAAGUUCUCUAAUUACUGUGUGGCGUAUGAGGACAACCCAAACUACAAGUUAAGGUUGUUUGGGAAUUCGUUGGCAGAACUUGCAUCCCAAUGGUAUUCUUUAUUACCCCCUAACUCUAUUGCCAACUGGGGGCAAAUGGAGAUGGCUUUCCAUGAACAAUUUUACAUAAUAGAACAAGAGAUGACUAUUAAUGAUCUGGUUGAAGUUAAACAAUACGAGCAUAAGUCCACAGAGGACUUCAUGAUGAGGUUCAGGAAGACGAGGAUGAGGUGUCAAUUCCCUGUUAACCAAGCUCAGCUCAUAUCAAUUGCUCAAAGGGCGCUAAAAUUACCUUUGAGGAAAAGAUUUUAUGAUACAAAAAUUAAUGAGCUACAUGAGUUAGUCAUUGCUGCCACAAGAUAUGAGAAGCUAUUGCUAGAAGAAUAA